GCUAGACAAUCGUCAUUCAAUCGUUGUUAGCACGCAGUAAAGAUGAUUUUUAUUUCUAAGUAGGCCUUAUGAAAAAAAUAAAUAAUAAUAAGUUAUUGUUGUUAAUAUUUUUUAUUGUGUAUUACUGAAGUGACUGAGACGAAACAAGAGAAUAUUAAAAAAGCGUGUGAAUUGAAAAAAAUUAUUUAAAUAAAUAAUUCCAAUGUUUUUUGGUUACAUCGCAUAAUAAAAAAAAAGAAGAAAGCUGCCAAUCGAGCGAAAGACAGAGAGAUCGGGGUGCUAAUUUUUUUUUCGAACGGAAAUAACCAAAUAGUCCGGUUUUGAUGAAGUUGUUGUUGUUGCCCACUCUAUACUAAGGUGGUGAAUACAACAGGUAGUCAUCUGUAUGUACAGGAUAAAAAUCCAGAUAAUUAAGAAGAGAAGGUACUGAAACAACGCCGGUUAAAAAGCAUUUGGGUUCGAUAGGACAUCAUUUUCCCUGAUCCAUUAGUUCAUUGGACAUCAAGCGUUCUACAACAAACACAACAACAACCACAACAAAAAAAAUUUACCGGCCGUACUAAAGAACAAAAUUCAUAUACAUCACAAAACACACAAACAUUGCUGCAGAGUGUUAAAAAGUGUAAUAAUUAGAAACAAAGACAGCCAAAAUGGAAAUCAACGAUAGAAACGACCGUGAAAUAGCAGACUCUUAUUUAUCAAGUUUGGUCGAUCUAACAAACAAUAGUAAACCAUUGAUAAAUAUGUUAACGAUGUUAGCCGAGGAGAAUAUCAAACAUGGUCAAACGAUAGUCGACACCGUCGAGCAACGUAUAUCUAAGGUGGAGCCUGAUUUGAAACUACCAAUUUUGUAUUUGAUUGAUUCGAUUGUUAAAAAUGUUGGUGACGUUUACGUUAACUUGUUUAGUCAAUCCAUUGUAAAAAUAUUUAUUGGAGCAUUCGAAAAGGUGAAUGAAGAUAUUCGUAAAAAAAUGUUUUUAUUGAGACAAACAUGGAAUGACGUAUUUCCAGCGCCCAAACUUUAUACACUUGAUGUUAAAGUAAAUGCAAUUGAUCACAAUUGGCCAAUAACUGCACAGAAAAUAUCACCAGCCAUUCAUGUUAAUCCAAAUUUCUUUUCAACAACGACGGAAAAAGACAUUCAAACGGAGCUACAAAUAAAGCAACGUGAAUUAUUGGAGUUAAAGAAACGAAAAUUAGAAUUAGAAUUAGCGGCAACACAGAAACAAUUGGGUAUGACAACAUCACAUUCAACAAUGGUCGUUGAUCCGAUUGUAAUUUCAAAAUCCAAGGAAAUGGGAAAACCACCUAUAAUUUCAAAACCAAUAAAUAGUGUCAAUCCAGUAACAUUUAUUCCCAGUCAAAUACCACCAUCACGACCACGAAUAGCUCCAGUUAAUUCGGCAUUGGUAAAUAGUAUGCGAUCGCGUGAUCCUCGUUUAGCACGACAAUCAACCCAAACAGUUGCGCAAACACAACCACCUCUAUCAAUAACAUCAAUAAAUGAACACUAUCCUUCGAAAUCAUUACCCAUGGGUCCCAUUCCUCGUAUAAAUAACACAAAUUUUACCUCAAACCCCGAUCGAAAUCAGCGUAUUCAACCAAUUGAUUCGAUGCCUUCAUACAAUGACACAACGAAUAAAAAUCAUGUCAACAAUAGUAAUAAUUCAGUUGAUGGUUUAAAUAAAGAUGAUCAAAAGCGUAAAAUUUCUCGGUCACCAAAUAAACCAUCCAAAUCAAAUAUCAAAUCCGGAAGCACCAAUAUAAGUAAUUCGAAAUCAAAAUCAUCGUCAUCGUUAUCAAAAAGUUCCAGUUCAAAAAGUGAGCGUAGCUCAAGAUCUGCAUCCAGCAGCUCAACGUCCAGAAAAUCAAAAGGCCGAAAAGAUGAUAAGUCACCGCAACGAAAAAAAACAUCGUCGAGACAUCGCAGUCCUACAAGUCGACGUAGCUCGUCACCAGCCGACGGACAAAAAACGUCGUCGUCGUCGUCAUCGUCGUCACGAAAAUCUUCUUCUUCUUACGAUACUAAAUCGAAAUCUUCUGAUAGCAAGCACAGCAAAGAGAAGAACAGUGAUAGUCAUUCUAGUAUUAGUAGUAAGUCUUCGCCAACUAAUAAAAAUCGCAUUAGAAGUAGUCGCUCAAAAUCACCGGUCUUGGCAAUCAAAGCCAGUGACUCAAUUCCAAAAGAUAUUGAUCUUCGCGCCCAAUUAUCACAGCCGAUUAGCAUUACUAACUCUCUAAUUAACUCGACAAUCAUCGAACAAGAUGUCAUUGUAUCGACUGUAACAACUUCUUCUGUUCCUAUCGGUUCGAAUGCCAUCGCGGAUCGUAAAACAAAUAUUAAUUCGGACAAAAAAUUCGCUGAAGAUGCACCAAAAGAUGUUGAUUUUCGAGUGGGACUAAUUCCAAAUAUUGCAGCUAAUCAAUCAGUGAUUGACUCAAAAAAGCGUCUUAACGAAGACAACGAUACGGUUGAGCCAAAAAUCAAAAAGACCAAAUCUGAAAAAAUAGACAUAUUGUUUGGAAAAGAGGAUGUUGAUCUGAGAAUCCCACCACCAUUGAAUAGCAUUUCCGCAUCAUCGGCAAUUCCGGCACUUGAAGUAGAUGUUAGUACAAUGGGAUCUGAAACAAAUGCAUCACAUGCCAAAUCAAACGACCAAGUUACUAGUUCUAAGAAUACAAAUCGUGAUAUUGAUUUACGGCUUCAUCGCGAUUCAAUUGAGGACAACUCAGAAGAAUCAAACGAUAAAUUUAGAAUGAUUUUACAACAAGCUCAAGAGCAAGUCGAUAAUAAUCCGGAUGUUGAUCCAGAGCAAAUUCAAAGCAUGGUUCAACAAAUCAUUAAAAUAAAAUGUGAUUCAGAGGCUCGAAAAACGUUUAAACGCACCUUGGUCGGCAAGCCAAAUAAUAAGGUUAGCGAAAAUGAGGAAAGUGCAGAGGCAUUUAGUUCGGGUAGUGAAGAUGAAAAUCUGAAAAAAUCACAUCGUGUACCGUACAAGCGUCGUCGUCAAGAGAAUGACAGGGUUCAAUCAAACUCGAAUUUACCAUCCACCACCAAUAACAAUAUGACCAAAUCACCAAAUAAUGAUCCACCAUUGGCACCACAAAAAGUGCGUCAACGAAAGACCAAAUGGAAUUCACCAUGGGAGGAUCAAGUGAAACCGCCGGUACUACCGAUGCAAACGCUCCCAUCAAAUAUCAUUCCACCAAUGCCAUUCGCACCACUACGACCAGUUCAACAACCAAUGAACAUCACAGCCGAUGCCGAAAAUAUGCGCAACAUGCGACAAUUUUCAUCACGAAAUGCACCUGAGUCUGUUUGGCAACCAAAUGCAAUGCCAUUCAAUGGGCCAAACGUUAAUUCUUUGGGUUUGAUGAAUAACGCUGGCAUUCCGACAAAUUUGUUAAGCGGUGGUCAAAUUGUAAUGGCACAACAUGGUCCAAGUUUGGCGCCAUGCACGGCCAAAGAUCGAACGAUUAAUAUCGAUGGCGUUCCACGGGAAAUUCGUUUUUAUGAUGAAACAGCGAUUGCAUUUAUGGAGAGCAAUGGCCGAGAACCGAAAGAAAUUGGUUUUCAAUCUGGUGAACGACGUGUUUGUGUUGACAACAACGAAUCGAUUCUAUUAGCAUUCAAUGAUACAUAUAAAGCGUUUGUGAUAAAUGGUAAAACAUACCAAAUUCGAUUUGGAACGCCCACACGAGAAUUGUAUAUUGAUAAUGAGUGGUAUGAAUGUUACUUUGGUGAUCCAUCUGUUGGAAUUGUAUUGAAUGGAAAAUUACAUUCGUUUCGCAUUGAUGGACCUGCUCCACAGGUUCGCAUUGGAAAUCUACGUAAUGAUUUGGUGGUCGGAAAAGUCGAUAUGUAUAUUGACAUUCAAACAAAGGUCUCACUCUUUUUGGAUGCUCAAGUGCAAAUGUUCCAAAUUAACAAUCAAGUGCACACAAUCCAAUUCGCUGACUACUUUUUGACCGUGAUCAUCGACAAUAUUCCAUUUCCAGUGCAAUAUGGAGCCAUGCCAACAAAAUUUCAAUUAUCCAAUUCGGAGCACUAUAUUCGUUUUGCGGUGCUUCCAAAUAAUAUUCUUCCAGGUGAAAUUUACGUACGAAAUAUGAAACGAACGCAUUUACAACGGGAUUUGGUUUCACCGGUACCAAUGAUAGGUAAUAUAAAUAAUAUACCGGUAACGAUUCCACCCGUAUCUGGACCCAUUUUACCACUUAUGUCAAUUGUUCCAAAUCCAGAUGUUAUCACAUCGAAUUCAAGCGCAAACACACUGCAACCGAAUACAAGUCAAGCAACACUACCUGUGAUAUCUGAAUCGAGUAAUCCGGCAGUAGAUAUAAAUGAUCUCUAUCAGAAAUUAUUGGCAUCUGGAAUUUUAAAUAAGGUUAAGGAAAAAGAAAAGGAAAAGGAAAAAGAGAAGGAAAAAGAAAAGGAGAAACCAUUGCCAGUUUUGUUAAAUAAACCGGAAACGCUUCGAAAACGGCAAUCAGCUAUUAUAAAUCAACUAUUUUCUGGUUCACAAUGCAGUUGUUGUGGUGUCCGUUUUCCAUUGGAACAAACAAUGAAAUACAGUCAGCAUUUGGACUGGCAUUAUCGACAAAAUCGUCGGGAAAGGGAUUCGGCACGUCGUGCACAGUCACGAAAAUGGUAUUAUAGUGUAUCUGAUUGGAUUCAGUACGAAGAAAUUGAAAAUGUUGAAGAACGCGAGAAAAAUUGGUUUGAAACGCAACAAACCGAAGUGGAUUCGGCAAAUGAAGAAUCGAAUCAGCGAUCGGCUUCACCGCCACCAAGUUGUAUUGCCGGACCCGACGAUCACAAUAAAACUUGCGACGUAUGCCACGAUCCAUUUGAAACAUUUUACAAUGAAGAGACGGAAGAAUGGCAUCUGCGAAAUGCCAUUCGCAUCGAGGAGUGUAUUUAUCACCCCAUUUGCUACGAAGAUUAUAAGGCAUCGCUUACAUUGGAUGAGUCCCAGCUAAAUACGUCAAACCUUGGCGAUAUUUCAACGGAUGACAAUGCAGUUGAUUUACCAAUUAAACACGAAGACGAAUUAUCAAUGGUGACAGGACUUCCGGUCAACAGCAAUGAACGCAUUCCAAUUUUGGAUGAUGAUGAUGAUGUCAUCGUUUUGCCACAAGAAGAACCAGUCAUCACUGAAAUUCCAGACGAUGAUGAUCAUGAGGUGAUCGAUGAUUCAACUUUAUCAAAUAAAUGCUCGAAUAGCCAGGAAGGAGAAUCAGAAGGAACGACCACAAAUGCACAAGGUACAAUGUGUGCACCGCAAGUUGCGGGCAUCUCUAGCCAGCUACAAAGUCAAAGAAAAUCUAAUGAAAAUGAUUCUUAUGAAGAUGAAGAUGCAGGUAAAAACAACGAAUCUGAUGUGCAAAUUUUAGAGCCACACAUUUCAAUCUUAAACUUGGAUGAAUACGAAGAGACCGAUUUAUCGUCGAAUAAACAUGAUGAAUCGCGUCCAUUGCCAGUAGUAAAAAUAAAAGAAGAGCCCAAGUAUGAAGGAUACGAAGACGAUGAGGAUGAUGGUUUCGAAGAAGUUGGCACAUUUGAAGCCGAUCCUACUGAAAUAUUUGAUGAUGGAAACGUUGAAGAUAGUCAGCCACCGAUUCAAACACAGACAACAAUGAUCACAUCACUUGAUGGUAAUAUCGAAAUGCAAGAGGAGCAACCAGUUACAAUCGGUACAAAUAAGAUAAAAAUUAAUAUAUCCAAAAAUGUACAGUUGAAUAAAAAUUCAAUAAACUCUAGCGAAAGUGUUGAUAAUAAUUUAGAAAAUAAUAAAGAAUCGACGGAUGCUCAAUCGCAAGGCACCGUCAACAAUAAAAGUGUUAUUACAAAUGAAACAGAUCGAUGUGAAAAUGGUUCAAUUGACGGAACGUCAGGCAACAGUAUUGCUACUACAGCAGCAACAGACGUUGCUGCUACCAGUGAUUCAGCAAACAGUGGCAUGGAAAUCGAAUUUGAGGUCAAAGAUUCUAUAAAGCAUGUACAAUUCAAGCGGCAGCCAGUUGUUCGGAGUGGCCUCGAAACGUCUGGUUUGUGUUCUAUUAUGUAAAUACGCUUUUGACGUGGACACAUUCACAUAGUCGAACAUUUAUACAGGCGUUGUCCAAGCUACACAAGUCAAACAACUCAUGUCUAAUUGUAAGUUAUUUAAAAAAAAUAAAUAAAUAAUUGGAAUGAAAGGAGUUAUUUCAAUAAAAAACAAUAAAGAAACAUUUAAAUAAAAAAACAAAACAAAAAUAAU